GGUCACGCUGGGCGCGUGUGAUUGUUUUCCGAAUGAAGGCGCACGUAGCCUGGCGGAUAUACUCACUCUGCUCCCGGUACCGGAGAGAGGAGAUCACUCUCAGCAUGCAGGAGCUAACAGACGAGUCCCCAGCCGGCUUUAACCAUGGCUUCAUGUUACUGAAGGAGCUGAACUCUCAGAGAGGAAUGGGUCAGUUCUGCGACUGUGUUAUUCAGCUCCAGGUCCAGCCGGGGAGGCUCUUCCUCGCCCAUAAAAGCGUCCUGGCUGCAUUCAGCCCGGUGCUGGCGUCUCUUCUCCCGCGCCAUGGCGUCCUCGUGGACCUAAACCUCCCGUACCUCAGUCCAGAAACCCUGGACAUUCUCCUGGACUACAUCUACACGGGUACCCUGCCCCUACAGAGCCAGGAGGAGCCCGUACUCUCUGCCGCCACCCACCUGCAGAUGGAGCAACUGCAGCAGGCACUCCGGUGGAGGAGGAAGGCGUUGGCUGAGAGCACAGAUAGUGUUCAAGAUAAACCCAACCGGAAGAGAAGAUUUAUGGAAGAGCAAUCUCAAGAUAUGACCCCUCUAUCCUCUCCAUCCCAUUACCCAUAUGGCUCAGAACAACCUGUGUCAUCCUCUCCAAGCUGUGAGGUGGUCCCAGUCAUAUGCCAUGGCAGGAUGGCAGGAAACAGGGACCCCAGUUUCAGUGCCGCACAGUCUGGAAAUGUCUCGGACACCAGCAAACACUCCAGAGAGCCAUCUCAAUAUGGAUACCCUCAACCUUCCUUGCUGGAUCAGUUAUUUGAGCCUGCACAGACCAAGCAGUACAGGUUUCUGGAUGUCCUGUCGCAGAGUUCUCAAAAAGACUUUCCGGAGGCAGUUGGCAGUCGAUCCAGAAGCUCCAGCGAGAGUGGAGAACCUCAGACUGUUGCAGCUCACAAAGAUAGUUUUGCUCAUCAAAUUGCUUGUAGCAUUAGUGACAAAGAUUUGUCUUCUAAAACCGAAUGCGGUCAAAACAGGAUCCAAGGUUGUCUGCAGUUUACCAGAUGCGACAGUAGUGGGGACAGCAAAUGCCUUUCGGAUGCAGACAGUACCCAAUCCUCUAAUGCUUUUGAAUUAGGUAAAGGGGAACACCUUGCAGAACCUCUUUCGGAUACCUUCAGUGGAAGGAAUUCAUACAACAGAUCCAGAAGUCCUAGAAGUCAAGCCCUUCUUCCAUUGGAAGAUUGCGGCACUACUGACACAAGUGAAGCAAAUUGUGAAAGAAGGACUUCAGAUCCAGAGGCAUGGUAUGAAAUUGGUCAACCUUUUGCACAAAAGACCCUUCAUGAGGGCAAGACAAUGGAAAAAUCAACCACUAGACAAGCAGCCAUCGAAGCAGAACCUCAAAGGACAGACUUAAUAGAAAGCUAUGAAUUCUCCCAGGAAACCAGGACCUAUCAAGGACACUUGCGCUACCAGUGCCUCCUGGAGCAUCAGCACUCUAGGGUAGACUCAAGUGACUCGGAUAGUGACCGAGGGUGUCUGGUCUCGAACACUGAGGCGAAAGAGAGUUCCAGAGUUUUGGGGACAACAGACAUCUCUGAGAUAUCGUUCUCCACCAGACGAUUGUCCACUUCUUCCGAGGAACACUCCGCAUCCCAUCCAUUCCAGUGCUCCAUGUGCGAUCGGGCCUUCAGCCAGCGAGGUUCUUUGAACAGACACAUGCGUUCCCACCUGGGCGUUCGGCCAUACUCCUGUCCAAAGUGCUCGAUGUCCUUUUCUCGGCAGUACCGUGUUACCGAGCACAUGCGUGUGCACCAGAGAAGCUGCGAUGGCCAAUCUGAGGUUCGCCCGAGGACCGCAUCUACAGGGAUGGAUGUUUGAAAGAGGAAUCUAGCAGUUUUCCAAGUCUACAUUUACUCAACAAGAGGAUUACCAGAUGCCUUCGUUACCAGAUGCCUUCGGUUCCUCAGGAAGUUCUGGUGAGGAACCAGGUCUUGCUUGCAGGCUUGGAUGCAGUGGAGACUGGUGUUGCCCUUGGGGAAGCUACUCUUCUUACAGGGAUAGAGACCAGUGGUGGUGGAGAAAGAUCCUUGUCCUGCUUUGAAUGGGGAUUUAAAGGAAGUGAAAUUCUUUGAGGAUGAUCAAAGAUAAGGAGUUAAUUUAUUUCACUAUAAAUCCAAAGAGAAAUAUUCAAAAGGAUAUACUGUAUUUAAAGAUACCUUUUCAGAGGUAUGCCAAAUCAGGGAUUACGGAUUAAGCCCCGCCCUUCAAUGUAAAGAGCCAAUCAGGGUAUGCCAUUAACAGAUAAGAGCCAGCGAUAUUGUUACACCAGUGGAAACCCUCAUUGAUGUGGAAAUUUGCGCAAGUGCAGUAGCCUUAACAAGCCAAAAAUGAUUAUAUUUUUUGUGCAUCAUUAAGCCAAACGCUACUAUCCAAACUAUCUAUACGAUUUCUGGACUUGUUUGAAUGUAAAAACUGUCUAGGAAUAUUGGAAAGAUGGCCAUCAAGUGAACAAAUUGGCUUUUUCUUUGAUAAAAGACUUUCAAAGACAUUACUUUUUGGAAACAUUACUGAGUUUCAAAUGGCAAUGGACACCUGAGACUGACACUGAGACUA